AUGUUGUUUUUUCUACUUUUUUUAAUUUUUAUAACACUUUUCCUCGCUUACAUUUAUAAAAGCUUUAUUGAAUCAUACAAAACAUGGGAUCAACUUUCAAUAUUAAAUGUUAAACCAAAAAUACCAUGCGGUAAUUUUACAAAUAUGGUAAUAAAUAAAAUUCAUUUUGGUAUUGAAUGUCGUAAUUUAUAUGAGAAACUGAAAUCAUCAACAAUUGGUUUUGCUGGCAUUUAUCUAUUUAAGCAACCAUGUUUAUUUGUUGUGAAUCCAGAAUGUGCAAAGUUAAUUUUAGCAAAAGAUUUUAAUACAUUCAUGAAUCGUGGUGUUUAUUAUAAUCCAAAAGAUGAUCCACUUAGUGGUAAUAUCUUUUUUCAUGAGAAUCAAGAAUGGAAAGCAUUACGACAACGUUUAUCAUUUGCUUUUACAUCUGGUAAAAUGAAAAUGAUGUUUAAUACUUUAGCUAAUGUUGGUAAUAAACUUGUUGAACACAUUAAUAACUCCAACACAAUACUAAAUGCAAAUGAAAUUGAUAUUAAAGAUUUAAUGGCAAGAUUUACAAUUGAUGUUAUAAGUUCAUGUAUAUUUGGUAUUGAAAGUAAUUGUAUUAGUGAACCAAAAUCAGAAUUUCGUUAUUAUGGUAAAAAAGUUAUGACAUUUAGUCCACUACAUAAUACAGCUGUAGGUGUAGCAUCAACAUUUAGAGAACCAUUCCGGAAAAUUGGUUUUAGAGUGUUCGAUAAAGAGAGUACAAAUUUCUUUUAUAAUUUAGUUAAAGAAACAAUUCAAAUGAGAAAAGAUAAAAAUAUAUUUCGAAAUGAUUUAAUGCAAAUAUUAAUGAGUAUGAUGGAAAUUAAUGACUCAACCAAACAAUCUUCAAUCACCAAAAGCCCUGAAGAAGAUAUUGGAGAUGGUAAAAUUCUUAACUUAAAUGAUGUUGCAGCAAAUGCUUUUAUGUUCUUCUUUGCUGGUUAUGAUACAAGCUCAACAACAUUAUCUGUUGCUCUGUAUUAUUUAGCUUUAAAUCCAGAUAUUCAAGAGCAAGCAAGAUUAGAAAUUAAAAAUGUUAUUGGUUCCAAUGAAAAUCUCACUUAUGAGAAUAUUAGUGAACUUCAUUUGGUCGAAAGGAUAGUAUCAGAAACUUUGAGAAUUUUCCCACCUAUAGCAACACUUCAUCGUAGUGCUAAUAAAUCAUAUACGUUACCCAAUGGUCAAUUUAUUAAAGAGGGAACGCAAGUUGUUAUACCAGUGUUAGGUUUUCAUCACGACCCAGAAAUUUAUCCACAUCCAGAAAUAUUUAAUCCAGAUCGUUUUAAAGAUGAAGAACGUCAAAAACGUCACGCAUAUUCAUUUAUUCCAUUUGGUGAAGGAAAUCGUAUUUGUAUUGGACUAAGAUUAGCCUCAAUGCAGGUUAAAGUGGGUCUUAUAAGUAUUUUAAGUAAUUUUAAAUUAAGUGUAUGUGACAAAACUGAUAUACCAUUGGUAAUUGAUUUUUCACAAGUCACUUAUACACCAUUAAAUGUAAUGUUAAAAUUAUCAAAAUUAGAUUAGUGUGCGUAAGAUUUAGUGUAUAAGUGCUGCCAAAUAAUUAAAAUAUUGGCACUGCUAUUAAGGUUAA